AUGCCCGGCUGCACCGCCUGCAACGCAAGCAAGAAGCGCUGCCCAGGCGGCGUGAAAAGCUGCCUCGUCGAAAAGGAGAAGCAGGAGAAGAAGAAGCAGAAAGUCCCGCGCGAGGAGAAUCCAGAGAAGAAAACCAGCGAACCUCUCCCAAAGCCCAACUCCCCAGCCCAGAAACAUGUGAUCCCCGCGAACCAACUCCGCGCCCAGCAAGAAGCCGCAACCUUCGCAGCAAUCAUGAACGCGCCCCGUGCAGAGCUACCAGAUGUCAACGAUCCACGCAUCUGGGAGGAGAGCUCGGCGGUGCAGGCGUUUCUUGAUUUUCCCGAGGGGGAGGGACAGCCGGGUGCGUGUGAGGAGUGUCAUGAGCCGGUGAGUAAGCAUUAUUUUGGGUGCUCGCGGUGGGAGCCAAGGUAG